AACCCAGGAGGCGGGUCGAACGAGGCGGAAGUGACAGCUGUUUCAGAAACCACAACAAAUCUGGCUGCUAGCGUCGGCCAUCACCCUCCGAUCCGCGACCCAGCCUCGGCCUGGAUUGUGGGCGGCUUGUGCGCGGGUCCGAGCGGGUUUGAGGGGCGUCAUGGCGGUGUGGAGCGAUGCAAUGGAGGAACAGUUCGUGAUUAUGGUACAGGAGAGGCCCGCGCUUUACGAUAGCACCAACAAAAACUACAACAACCGCAUCGUGAAGGCGCAGCUGUGGGGCGACAUCGAGCUCAAACUGCACACGACAGAGAAGGAGAUGAAGAGGAGGUGGGAGUCCCUGCGCACACAGUACGUCCGAUACCAGAAGCUGCCCCCUACGGGCAGGACGGUGCGACAGCAGUGGAUCCUCAGCAAGCUGCACUUUCUGGAGCCCCACACCACACACAAGACCAAAGAUAUGUCCAACUACUCAGACAAGGAUUCCUUCGGGGAGGACUUUGACUGCCAGUCCGAGCCCCACAGCGACGCCCCCUGGACCAGCCCGCUCUUGGACGAGUGUCCCCAGAGCCCCACGCCAGAGACCGCCCCCCUGGACUCCCCCGGCCUGCCCAUGCUCGAGUCCACCCACCAGCACACCGCUGAGCCCCCCCCUCCGCCGCCCGCCCCCAGAGAGGGCACGGGGGGCCGGGCCAAGCGCUUCCGGAGAGAGGAGCCCAUCAGCGAAACGGCCGCCAACCUCAUCUCCGUGAUCAACCGGACUCUGGAGCAGCUGUCCCAGGAAAGGGAGGAGAGGGCGGAGAGAUGGAGGGAGGAGAAGAGGGAGAGAGAGGAGAGGGAAGAGAGGGGGGAGAGGGAGGAGAGAACGGAGAAGUCGGAGAAUCAGGACGGUAUCUCCAUCUAUCUAAAGUAUUUUGAACACAGACUGCGCGGGCUCCCUCCACACCUCCUGCCCCGAGUUCAGAGGGACAUUGAAAACCUCCUCUUCUCGUACUCAGUGGAGGAAAUCAAAAUGGACUUGUAAUAUAUUUUUUAAGUGCACAUGACAUGUUGUGACUUCUCAUUUGACAGUUAGAGGUGCAUUGUGUAACUUUGCUGGUGGAGGGUCUGUCAAACGCUUUUCUACAUUGAGAUGUUACUGCUUUGUCUGGAAUGUUUCACAGUAUGGCAUUAAACCUUUCUGUCUCCAUGGAGACUAUGGCUGCGCUCACACUGCAGCCUGAAGUGACCCAAAUCCAAUUUUUUUGGCCCCUGUGUGACCUGUAUCUGAUCUUUUAAUGACAGUCUGAACGACACAGAUCCGAUUUUUUUCAAAUGUGACCCAGGCCACUUGGAUAUGUGCUCCUGAAACCGAUACAUAUCUGAUCUUUUCACAUGUGACUUCAGUGUGAACGGUUAAGGCGCAUUCAUCCGACCUACACUUUAUCAACAAGCCACAAAUGUACACAAAUGUUCUUGUUAAUGAAAUUGUUAAUGAACUCCGUGUCACUGAAGCGAAGCACAUCGCCACUCACCACUCUUGGCUACGUCUCCACAUUCACACGUUUCUUUCAACAGACUGUCCCACAAAACACCAUGGCCAAAAACCACGUCCUUCUCCUUCUCAAUCUCCUCUUUACAACAAGUAAUUCGUACAUGUUCUGGCUCCGGUACGAGAGGAACUUUAAAAUCUCCAGGUGCUCAAUGCUGCGUCCAUGUUUGGACAACUUCUGUAAACACAGAGACGCUCGCUGUGGUUGAAGUGUCUCCAGUGUCACAUGUGGGACACUUUUGGGCCGUUUAAUGUUCACACUGGAGACACAUACAAGUCACAUUUAAUUGGAAAUGUGAACGACCUCGCAAAAACAUCGGAUUUCACAAAAAAAUCCGAAUUGAGCAUUAAGCCCUGCAGUGUGAACGUAGCCUUAGUCACAGGCCAGAUCUGUGGAGAGGCGACCCUGCUCACAGUCAGAAUACCAGUUUCUGUAGCUAUUUUUGAGCUAUAAAACCACCUGUACUUUAAUAAAUGUAAGGUUGAUCUGUUUAAUGUCACACUGUGGAACAUUCAAGGCAAAGCAAUGACAUCUCCAUAGAAACAAGCUGGUGACGGACCCCCAACCAAAAAGUUACACAGUGCACCUUUAACAUUAUUAUAUUUAAGAAUUUUGCCUAAUUUUGGCGACGUUUAUAAUUUUAUUAUUGAUUGGACCCUGGCAGAAGAGUAACUUUUUAAACUAUGAACUUGUCAUAGUAAUUUUCAAACGCCAUACUUUUACUCCAACUUGAGUAAAAUAUUUGACAGUGUAGCAGUACUUUUACUUGAGUAAAAGUUUUACUUCCUCUUCCCGCUGUGAGCAAGUCUCCAAGUGACAAAAUCUUUGUUUGUGUUUCUUUUACUGUGUUAUUUGUAUUUUUUUCAUUGUUACGCUCUGUCCUUCAAAAAUGUAUGUGCACUAUUUAAAGAUGCACUAUGGAACUUUCUGGUGGAGGAUCUGCCAUGUGCUUGUCUUCGUGGAAAUGUGAUUGCUUUGUCCAGAAUGUCCCACAGUAUGGCAUUAAACGUAUCUAUUUCCAUGGAGACAAACCCACAGUGUCUCCAGGGCAGGCCAAGUUACAGGUCCGAUCUGUGGAGAGGCGAGCUCACUCACUGUAGUAUUUUCGAGCAGUUAAACACCUCUAAUGGAAAAAAUGCAGGAUAUUAUGAUUUUAAUGCCAUACUGUGAAACCUUUCAGGCAAAGCAAUUAAUAUCUCCAUGGAAACAAGUUUGUGGCGUAUCCCCUACCAGAAAAGUUACACAGUGCAGCUUGAAAUUACGAAUAAGAUGUUGUGUCCAAACAUCUGCGUAGUAGUAGUUUUACCAAAUACUUUUUUACUUCUUAUUGAACCAUUGCUUUGCACUUCUACUUGAGUAUUAUUAUUUUGAAGUAACAGUAUUCUAUGACGACAUUUUUUACUACUCCCAAAGCGUUUACAAUUUAGACUCCUGUUUGAAUCAUUAUUUCUGAAGACAGCUCAACUCAAGUUUGACAUUUUGAAAGUGAAUUAUUAUAUAAAUUUUGAUUACUGUAAUAGGAGGAUUUGGGAGUACUUUGUAUUUGUAGUACAGCUUUAGAACUGUGCCUUUCGUUAAUCGAGUCACCAUUAGGCCGUGUAAUCUACUUAAGUGCUUCAACUGAAAGUCUGUGAGUAAUUGAAUCAUUCUGGACCUGAUUUAUUCGGUCUUCUUUAAAUCUGAGUCUUUCCUCUGUCCGAGUGGAAAAAGAGACUUGUGCUGUUAUGACCAAAAUGUGAAGUAACAUUUUAGUUUGGAUAGCUGGAAAUACUUCAACAGUUAUCUCAUGUAUACUUUAGAUUCUUAUGUACAGACCUCUUAUUUCAGGCCCGUUUAAACUCAUUUGGAGUUACAAAAUAAACAUAUUUUAUCAUUUUGCCUCAUG